AUGGGGAAAGCGGAGGCUUUGUCCAGAAGAGAGGAUCAUGCCAACGGCAUAGAAGAUGACAACAAAUGUGUCACCCUGAUAGACCAAUUAAGGGUUGCCAAUGUUAGAAUCGGGCAGGAUUCUGAUCUUCUGGAAGUCUUCAAGAAAGACAUCUCCUCAGAAGAGAAAACGCGCCUUGAUGGCAAUGAGAACUAUUUAUGGAAAGACGGGCUCAUCCAUUUUAAAAACAAAAUCCAUGUGCCUGAGACUGCAAGGAUCAAGGCAAUAGAUAGACAUCACAACACUCCAGUGGCUGGGCACCUGGGUGGCAACAAACCAUGGAGUUGA